AUGAUUGAAGGAGAUUCAAGUGUGAACGUGUUGGCUGAUGAACUCAUUUACGACGUCCUCUUCACAAUCACGCGGGCUGCAGACGACCCACACACACGACCAUGCACCGUUCACUGGAAUCCCGUCAAAGACGGCUGUAGUCAGUCGGGUGGUCAAAUCCCUAUUUGGGACUGGGGGACGCUCGCGGAACAUAGUGAACGCAGACUGGUCCCAAAGUCCACCCCAGUGGUACGUCCCGGUCCACCAUACCUGAAAUUUGAGACACUGAACUAUGAGAACGAUCCUGAAUAUUUUGAAGACCCGCCUCCACCUUCACCGCGCUCCAUUUCACCGUCUGCCCGUGUGAGCGGUGCCCCCAUUUCCAGUGUCACGAUCGCUGGCCCUACUACCCUAUCCAUGAAAGAUCAAAUUCCCUCGGCGCCGCAGUACCCUCUUACUGUAACCGUCUCCUAUAAUAUAGAGGCUGGUUUACCAUAUUUACCACACAACGGCAUGUUAACAUUCCAUUCAUACAUUUUUAAACAACCCGAUGACCAUAACGAGGGGUUCAGGAUAUAUAGGAGAGGGAACGACGGAUGGACUCCAUACGAAUGGAGGACGCACCAGAGGGGUUUUAUAAUCACUGAACCCCAUGCACUUAAUAUUGGCCGCAAUGACAAGAAUCACUUCUGGAUCCUAAAACCCGGGGAAUCCAGGUCGUUCACUCGCAAAGUGAAUGAGUUCCCGAAGGAUGCAGCUCCAGGUGAUACGUUCCGGUAUAUAUUCAAAGGAGCUACGCUUGACUGGUGGAAUUGGGGAAAUUUCGAAACCCAUAAAGACACCGUGGUUUGGGUACCUGGGUGGCUUCAGGCUAGGGUUCAAGAUCCCAAAGACAAUGAAGGCAGACCUGUAGUUGUUGUGCCAUCUAGCAAUGCUCUGAAAUUUACACCAGUAUAUUGA